CAUUCCUCCAUUCUGUAACUCCCAACAGGAUUUUCCAAACAAUGAAUGAAGUAACACGCGAAUAAGUCCUUAAAGUCCAACCUACCGGGUACCGGAGCUUCUCGCAACCGUAGGAUCCACGUCCUAAGCCCAGUAGUCCAUCGCUUAGAAACAAGCGGGUUGAAUAAUCGUUAGUCCACAACAAUAUGCCCCUUCAUUACCCCCUGCCAAGCGUACUCCGUGUCAGUACCAAUUAACUAGCGCCUAUCGUCAUGGCGGAGGCGGUCGCGGUGGUGCGCGCGAAGAAGCAGGCGGCGGAGGCGCGCGGCGAGGCGGAGUCGUCGUUUCCGCGGUCGACGAGUUUGCUGGAGGAGAAGUUCGACGCGUACGAACGAGCCAACCUCAUGAUUUUCCGAUCCACGUCCGACGGUGCGCCCAGCACGACGCGCGACUUGGAUCUCCUCGACACUCCCGACGGCAGCCUUGUCCCGGUCUAUGCGGAGUUCGUGCCACGUGGCGCGCGGAAACCGGUGGUCCCGUCUGACUCCGCCAAUGGGGGGGCAGAGUUUGCGCUCUACGAUGCAGAGCGGGGGGAGGCAUGGGCAGGGGGAGCUGGCGGAGGGGGCGGCGGAGAGGGGGGAGCUUCGCGCCGUGAGGGUUCGGGGAACGAGCGCGCAGGGGCCAGCAGUAGCGGAGGCAGUGAAAGCAGUGCAGACGACGGCAGGGGUUUGGGUGCAUGUCGGCCCGGAAGCUCGCGGAGAAGCUGCUUGCCGUCGUGGCAGGGAGAGCAGCAGCGCGGCGACGGGGAUGAUUCUGGCGGGAAGGGCGGCAGCAGGGAGAAAAGAAGGAGCAAGGAAGGGGACAGCGGGUCGAAUGGCGCGGAGAGAGGAGGGGAUGGGCACGGGGGAGGGUACGGGGGGGCUGGGGGAAAGGCCAUGGGGAGGGGGAAAUCGGAGGACGGCGUUGGCGCUCCCCUAAUGCGCAGCUUGACGGACGACAUGGAGAGGAGCGGUGCGGGUUUCCCUCGCAUGGAGAGUGGCGGGCUGCAUGAGGCGGAGAUGGAUGAGAUGGACCGCGAGGUGCUGCAAGAGGCGUUUCAGCGCGUGGUGGCGUUGGAGCGGCGCGUGCAGCACUACCGCGACCUGGGCGGCUUCGGAGUGCUCAUGGCGCUCUUCAUCGCCAUCCUCUACCUGCAGGCCGACUCCUCCAGAAGCUACCAGAUCACCGCCGCCCACUCCCUGCUCUACCCGCCUGGCAUGAGCCAGGACUCGUCCAGCACCUUCACUGGCGCCGCUGACUUCUACCAGUGGCUCAACACCUCCAUCAUACAGACUCUGUGGGCGGAUUUCACGUGUGGCGAUGGCACGUGCCAGCGCCCCUUCCAGUUCCCGGCGUUUGGGCGAUUUGGGUGCAAGGCGGACUGCGGCACGUUCCCCAACCUGACCUCCGUGGUCGUGAGCUUCUCCUCGGAGCUUGACUCCCAGCACGCCGACCAGGCAUCCUCCUGGAACCUCUGCAUGGUCAACCCCGUGUCCCUCUGCUGGUACGACGCCAUGCAGCCGUUCCCUCUGGGCGAGGCGGACUUCUCGGUGCCGAUGGACAUUCCGGACGGCGACUGGGUGGUGGUGCUCAACGCGCCCGCUGGGGGCAUACGAGGCACGCUGCACGCCCCCCCGCCCGGCACGCGGCGCUUCUCCACCAUCGGGUCCGCGAGCACGGUAGAGCUGGCGUCGUGGGGGCACUGCACGCACGAUGAUGACGUGGACGCAGCCAAUCAGACGGGGCUGAGUGGCUCUGAUGCUGCUGCUGCCCCUGAUGCCUGUCGUGAUACAUGUGUUGGGCUAGUCGUCACGUGCCUGCCAGCAGCGUGCCACCGCGCAUUCACGGAGAGGGAGGUGGCAGGGGCGUUCGUGGACUGUGCGCGCAUGUGCAUUGUGUCGCCCACCACCAUCACUCUCUAUGCCGCCUCUCCUUGCCCCACUGCAGACAUGGGGUCAUUAUUCCCCAAUACUCAGUGCAACACUUCAGCCUCGAACUCAACGGCUGGCACUUCUCGCUUCAACCACCGCGAGCUGGUCCAGGCGUUGCAUCGCUUGACCCGGCCACGCGCCUACGGCUAUUGGCCCGCCUCUGCAGCCCUCUCUUCCCCUCCUGCUUCUUCUGCCGCCACCUCCCUUCUCGUGGGAGCAGCAGGGGGUGCUGCUGCUGCUGCCUCUGCCGAUGCUGCCACUGAACCAGCACUGCAAGUGCAGGGAGCACCGGGAGCAGCAGCAGCAGCAGCAUCACUGGCAGCAGCAGUUGGAGCAGCAGCAGCCAGCCCGUCUCCCGCGUCCCUCUGGUCGCUCCUGGGCGCCACGGACCGCCAGCGAAUGACAGCGCUGCAGGUGGCGGUAUCGCGGGCGCUCUUCACAAUGGCCAAGGACAGGUGCCUGGCGGGCCGGACGCCGGGGCGUGAGGCAAAGCACCUGGAAGGUGGGGGGGGCAGCGUGCGGGCGCGCAUAGUGGCGUGCGUGUGCACGGUGCUGGGGGGGCCGGGCGCCACCAUGGAGGAGUGCCGCUUCACCAACGAGACGGGGCAGCUGAUUGCGGCGCCGGGGGAGAUGUUCGCGUACCUGCAGCGCACGCACGUGCGGGGCGGGCGGGUGAUCUCCUCGCAGCACAUGCGGCGCUUCGUGCAGACCGUGGUGGCGGCGCUGCGGUCCGCGACGCCCAUGGACGACGCGACCGCUGUGCGGGUGAGCACGCUGCUGCACGGCUUCGACGAUGCCAUCGUCACGUCCGACGCCGUUGGCUGCUCGCAAGGAGGAGCGUGGCUGCCGUGGCGGGCGGGUGUGAAGCACAACACGACCAUCCAUGCAGGGGACAAGGUCACAUGGGUGUGGGAUGACGACCUCCCGCACUCGCUCAGAGUGGCGGGGAUGGGCGAGGCGGGCGACCCGCUGUUCCUGGGCUUUGGAGGGCACCGCCUGGCGGUGUCGCGGCAGCUGGCUUGCUCUCCCAUGAAUGCCGGCGCGGGGGACGCCAGGGACGACCCGCUGCCAUGCGUGCUCAGAAUGGACGACGAGCCCUCUGACUCAUUCUCCUACAGCAGGGUGUUUGAGCGCCCUGCCACCGUCUACUAUGACGAUGGCGCCAUGCCAGGAGGAGCUCUGCACUCCCUCUCUACCUCCUCUGACUCCUCCUCUUCCGCCUCCUUUUCCUCCUCUGCCUCCUCCGCCUGUGUUCUCACGGUGCUGCCUGCAAGGACAGGAUCCGAUGCUGCUGGGCGUGCCACAACAACCAUCUCUAGUACCACGCCUUUUCCCACCACCACCCCCACCACCACCACCACCUCCCCUUCCUCCUCCCCCUCCUCCUCCCCGUCUGCUGUCUACUUCUGUGCCCCUGGUUGCCAGCUGCAGCGGCUGGCCAACGGGGUGUGCAAUGCGGCGUGCAACACACCCAGCUGUGCCUUCGACGGCGGCGACUGCGCGUGUGUCGACCCGCUCUUUGGCCCCGGCAUCUGCUCUUGCCCACCCGCCCACACACGCCGCGACGACGGCUCGUGCUGUGUGUCCACGGCGGUGGGGGUCAACCUCAACUUCCCCUUCUCGCUGCAACGCUACGGCGCCAACUACACUGAAACCAACCAUGCCUUCGCUGCUGAGAGGGGCACCGCUGUGAACCGCUUCGUCUCGCAACGAAACCGUUUGCUGAUAGGAAUGGUGCUGCAGCAGGACAGAUGGGGCACGCAAGAGUGCAGCGGACAGGGUCUGAUGCACCUGGCCGGGUGGUGCAGCAACGGCACGUCCAAGGAGCCGUUUGGAGUGAACCCGCACUUCCUGCCCACGUCGCGCAUCUUCGACAGUGCUGCGAGCGCCAACAUGAGCCAGCUGGACAACAGCAGCUUCGGAGUGAAGUUGCGGUUCAACCCGCAGGGGCUUCCCUACGGAUUCAUCUACCCCAUUGAGUCGUUGGCUCACUUCCCGCUCGUGUUUGACAUCAACCUCGACAACGAUGCGGCCACGCGGCGCUUGGAGUACCUGGUAGAGGGGGGCUACAUUGACAACAGCACGCGCAACAUCCAAGUCAGCUUCAUCACUUUCAACGGCGAGGCACGCACCUUCGUGCUCACCACCGUGAGCUGCAGUGUGAGCGCUGGGGGCAGCAUUGGUGUGGUGUUCAAGUCGCAGCCAGCAGCCAUGGACAUGUACGGCACAUCCACCGAGAGCGUCGUGCGCCUGGUGCUGGAGGUGCUGUACGUGGUGGGGCUGCUGUGGAAUGUGUACGGCGAGGUGCAGGAGAUGCUGGACUAUGCGCACCUGGAGGGGUCGGUGCUGGGCUACUUUGGCCGCGCGUGGAACUGGGUCGACAUGCUCUCCUUGGCCUUGCAGAUCUCUGCAAUUGUCAUCUGGAUGGUGCUGUGGCGGUACGUGGAGGCGUUUGACAUGCAGCCGCGCUACGACAUCUACUACACGCUGCUGGAGAUGCCGCGCUACUGGGCUGUGCCCAACCCGCCCACGGGCUUCCUCAGCGCCGCCCAGGCCUUCCUGGACCUGCGCAACAUCAUCAACCUCAGAGCCGUCUACUUCGCCCUCCAAGGCAUCAACCUGUUCGUGAUGAUGGUGCGGCUGCUCAAGUUUAUGGACUUCCAGCCCUAUUUGGGCGUCAUCACGCGCUCGCUCGCCCUCGCCACGCCCUCACUGCUGCACUUCUUCCUGCUUUCCUUCGCGGUCUUCUUCUGCUUCAGCAUGUACGCCUACCUCGUCUUUGGGGGCGCGAUUGAGCAGUUCUCCACAGUGCUGACGUCCAUGUUUUCGUGCUUCCUGCUGCUGCUGAACGACAACUCCUCGGCCUACUUCUUCCAGCGCCUGGAGUCGUGGGACCUGAUCGCCGCCAUGCUCUUCUUCUUCAUGUUCAUUGUCUUCAUGGUCUUCAUCCUCCUCAACUUCCUCAUCGCCAUCAUCGUCGACGCCUUCAUGAGCGUCAAGGACGCCAACACAGUCGCCACCUCCAUAGCCGCUGACCUCGCGCACAUCGCCAAGUACAAGUGGAAUUGCUGCCGCGGCCGCUACCUGCCGUACCGCCGCAUUCUGCAUCAGCUGGUGGAGCUCGGUGCCAAGGACACCCGCGCAGACGAGGCAAACCGUCGGAUGCGCCGCUACAAGUCGAUCCAACGGCGGGUGGGGUCGGUGUUGUCCGGCAGCAUUGUGCGGGGCGUGAGGGCGUCAUCGCACUUCACCCGCGCUGACUUGCACCCCGCCUUCCCUGAAUCCUCCUCGAGCAAGUCUCGGGUGCGGCGGCAGCACGUGCUGACGGUGAAGGAGAAGCGCAUCGAUGCCAUCUCGCUCUCCAUCAUCCUGCAGCGCCGCCACGACAGGGAGCAAUCCCGGGGUCGCCAGUCCGCCACUGCCACAUCAUGCGAGCCCGUCUGCUCGUCUGCGGGUGAGGCCGACGCAGGCACGGAGGCGGAUGCGGGCAUGGAGCAGCUGUCGCAGGCGCUGGUGCUGCAGUGCGGCGAGGUCGUGAAGCAGGCCGCACUGCCUGUUAAGAAGCCUGUACAGAAGCUCAGCCUCUCUCAGAUCCAGGAGGAGGUGGUGCGCAGCCAGCUGGCGGUGGAGGAGGUGCGGGGCAUGGUGGCGGACAUGCAGAGCGAGGUGCGCAGCAUGAUGGCGGGCGUGCACAGCGACAUGCGCUCCAUCAUGGCUCUCUUGAUCACCCACAAUGCUGCUGCCACCACUGCUACUGCUACUCCUCCUCUUUCUCCUCCUAGUGCUGCUGCUGCUGCUGCUGCUGCUGCUGCACAGCUACCAGCAUCUAUGUCACGUGCGGCCAUGCGGCCAUCGCCCUCCCAGGCUUCCCCCACGCAGUCAACGCUCCGGCAGCGGUCACCGGAGCACCUGAUGUGCCAGAAGAGGUUGCAGUCAGAUUGCAGGGAUGAAGGAAACGACAGCAUGGCAGGUGAUGAGGGGGCAACUGGGGAUCAGCAGGCAGCAGUGGACAGCACAAGAGGCGAUUCAAGCAGCACAAGAAAAAGUAGGUGCGUGUCUGCAAAGCGAGCCUCUGGUAGACGGGUCUCAUUCCGAGACGGCACAGCAGAUGAUGAUGAUGAGGCUGCUUUGAAUAGAAAAGAAACACAGCAACAGUUGUUGGAGAAAACGAAGUACUACUAGAGUUCUGUAAGAAUAUGGUGGGAGGCUUCACUCAAUUCUGUUUUCCCCUUGAGAACUUUACCAUUUCUGCUAGCCCAGGUUGUGCAUCUAUUCAGCCUAUCCCCGUGUGUUAUUGCCAAGUUCGUAUACGGUAAGAGUGUUUCAGGUGUUAGAUUACGAGAAUGGUGACUAGAAAGAGAAACAGGGAACAUAUAGCAGUUGGGUUGUACUCACUACGAGCACACACCGAUACUA